AAUGUACAUCCAUCUGCUCGCACUGCAUCAGCUGCCACGGCGGGGUUAGUGUGCGCGUCACUGAUUUUUUUCCUCUUCUUCUUCUUCUUUCCUCACCUUCCCCUUCUCGAUUUUUUUUGUUCCAGCAGAGCAUCUCUCUCCUUCUGCUCUUCCUCCCCCCCCUACUCUCUCUCUCUCCUCUCUCUCUACACCGCCCACUCCACUCACCGCCGCCUCGCCGGCUUCUUCUUCGCCUGCCUCACCACAUCGCCCGCUGCCCCCUUUUUCCUGCGUUUUUUUUAAGGGUGAAGGAUAGAGAGCACAUUUCAGGACCCAAAAAAAACAACAACACAGAGAAAGAAGAAAAGACAUCACCAUGGCGAGCACCGAGGAUAAACCGGCCAGCAAGGAGAACACGUCCAGCUGGAAGGACUCCAUAUACAACCCGAGGACCGGGGAGGUGCUGGGUCGCACGGCCAGCAGCUGGGCUCUCAUCCUGCUCUUCUACCUGGUUUUCUACUGUUUCCUGGCUGGUAUGUUUGCCCUCACCAUGUGGGUGCUGCUGCUUACCCUGGACGACAAUGUGCCGAAGUACCGAGACCGUGUUCCCAGUCCAGGGUUGGUGAUUCGUCCAAACGCACUGGACAUGGCUUUCAACAAAUCAGACCCUCUGAAGUACAAUCAAUAUGUCCAACACCUGGAGUCCUUCCUGCAGAGGUAUAAUGAUACGGAGCAGGAGAAGAACCUUGACUGCCCUCGCGGAGAGUAUUUCUUGCAGGAUGGAACCGAGCAGACCAAGCAAGCUUGCCGCUUCAAGAGGGGCUUUUUGAGUCUCUGCUCCGGCCUUUCUGACACCAACUUUGGUUAUUCUGAGGGACGACCCUGCAUUCUGCUCAAAAUGAACAGGAUUAUUGGCCUGAAGCCCCGCGGAGACCCUUACAUCAACUGCACAGUAAAAAAAGAGAACCCAGUUCAAAUGCAGUAUUUCCCCAGUGAGGGGCGUAUUGAUAAGAUGUAUUUCCCCUAUUACGGAAAGAGAGCCCAUGAGAGUUACGUGCAGCCACUGGUGGCUGUGAAGCUGCUGCUCACCAAGGAGGACUACCAGAAGGAGCUGACGGUGGAGUGCAGGGUAGAGGGCUCUGACCUCCGCAACAAUGAUGAGAGGGACAAGUUUCUUGGCCGCGUCACCUUCAGGGUCAAGGUGGUCGAGUAAGAGAGAAGAAAGCCAGUAAAAGGGAGAACCCCAAUGCAGAUGCUGCCAAUGUUUGCUAAGGAGUUGUGUUUAACAAUUGAUAUAAAAGGGAAGGAAGUGUCAAAUAGGUCACAAAGGUGGCAUUUUAAAUGGAGUGUGGAAAAAGCAGAGUGAUGCAGAUGAGUCGAGAGCCAGUUAGAUACAGAUACUGAAUGUUGCUUUGUGGACAUUUCUGACCUUUCUUUCCUUCACGAUUCCUUGCUGAUCCCCCGCAAACAUCCCCAGAACACCAUACAAGCUCUGCUCCUCCAUCUCUCCGUCUACCCUUUCUUUCACCCAUUGCACUGCUCAUUCCUCAUCCAAUUUUUUUUUUCAGCAUAUGUGUGAUUAGAUAACUAAUAGCCAUUGCAACCAAGCCAUUUGGAGCUGUUGUGUAAUUGCAGAUACGUCUUUUUUUUAUUGUUAUUAGAUCUUUCUGCUGUCAGGAAGAGAGUGUUGUAUUCAUCUCUCCACAAUGUAUGAACGACUGUAUUAUCGCCAGAGUUGAGAGGAUUUUUAUCUUGCUGUAUAGUACAAGAGAGAAGGUAGAACAUUUCCAAACACAUCUCCAGAGUAUUCACAUUAUCACAUCACAAAGAUUUCAUAGGAACGUACAAACCUUGAUAAUCAAGUAUAGCCACUGUAUCCUUGUAUAUGAAAUGCCAAUUACAAAGUCCCUUUCUACAUAUAAAUACAUUGUGAUCCUUAUCAUAUUUAGGGAAUUAUAGAUAGAUCUUUGUGUUGUGGCCUGCGAUGCCACGACAACAGUCUUGUGCUGUCUGUCUGUCUGUCCGUCUGUCUGCAUGUCCGUCCAACCGUCUGUCUGCCCGUCUUCCUGUUUUUACUCACCUCUCCACUGCAAUAGCCAAUGUGGGUGAGCCGUCCCGGACUAGAAAAGUUGUCUCGCUCCACCUCUCGGGGUGCUGCGUAUUAAUGAUGGCUGAGCAGGCACAGACACACACAUACACAAAAACACACAUAUAAGGUACAGUGUAUAAAAUGAUCCUAAGGCGAAGUGGCGCUGGGGAAGCAGUGCAAAAAUAAAAAGCUCACUGUAACUAUGUACUGUAUAUCUUAUAUGUAAUCUGUAUAUCUAUCUGGGUCUCAAAGAUUGUUUGUUAGUUUUCGCUCUUCUUCAGCCUGUUGAUCUGAUUGUCUGCCAAUCUAUUACUCUUCAAUGUAUAUAUAUACACUAUCUACCAUAUUUACUUAAUUCACACUGUAUUUUUGUCACAAAACACAAUGUCUGUGCACUGUAAAGAAAUAAUUUAAGCAAAGAUUUACAGGAAAUUAUCUUAUUCAAAGCUAUGUUUACACAGUCUUAAAAGGAACCCGCAUUUGAAAGAACAUCUUGUAACAUCUCUUCAGGGUGCCUUAAGACCUGAUGAAAUAAAUUGUGAAAUAAAAGUGAUUUUGAAGAAAAAAAAAGGGAUUUUCUAAUGCCUGCUUUGUAAUCAUUUAUGGUGAAGGCUGUGCUCGAGGAAGUCUUCUUCUGGCCAUAUAGUAUUAAGUCAAAAAUCCCACAACUUAGAUAAAAAGUCAAACGUUAGGGCAAAUACAGCUGAGAAAUACACCUUUGUGUCAAAUGUGAGCUGGAUUAGAAAACAGAUAAAUUGUGUGACUGAUACAACACAAUAUAAUACAGUCAGAUGGAGUUGCUCUUGGGUAAUCUGUGCGGUCACGAUAUAGUUAGUGCAGUGACAAAGAACAGACAAAACAACUUAAAAAGAUUUAUUUUGUAUUUAUUUCCUCCACUCAUUUAUACAUAACAUACUUUUACAUCUUUUAGGUAUCCACUAAUUUCUGAAAUGAGGAGACAUUAAAAGGGAAAUCACGCCUACAACUCACAGAUACCUGAAUGCAUCAAAGGGACUUCAGACACUGCUCCUUUUAAAGAGGAAUGACCCAUGGAAACAAUUGAUUUCAUCUAUAAAAUUAUGUGUAUUGUGUAUGUGUUUUAAAUGUCAUUAUUUUAUCUAGUUGAAAAUCAUUACCAGAGAACGGGUUCAUGAGUUUUGAAUAUUAAAAUAAUUGUUUAUUAAUAAAGAAGAGGUCCAUCAUGGGACCACGAUGUCAUCUUAAAAGUAUAUUUCAUACAUUAUUCUUACUGGGGCCACCUCCAGAUUGAACUACAAAAGAAUAAGACAGCAUCAGCGCCAGGUGUCAUGGAAAGGGGUGUAGUGAUGUGAGAUCUGGAACAAGACAAAAAUUUCCGCCAUCAUCAAAGAGCUCGGGGGGAACUCAUUAAAAAAAAAAAAAGAACAAAAUUGAAGACAAGUGCAGACG